AUGAUGGAUUACCUACAGGUCUAUGCUAAGGAAGCUAUUGGUAGUGUCUCUGAUAAUCUUGCUAAGAUUCAACAGAGCAGUGGUAUACAUAUUGAGAGUCAUCUUGACAAAGCAGAAGUUAUUAGAAGCAACACGUUGCACAGAUCCGGGACAUUUGUACUUAAAGAAACAUGUGCCGCUAAGCCACCAAAUAUUGCUAGGCGCAGAGACACCAGUGUAUCUCUAGCUUCAGCAUCGUCAGCGAAGCCUUACGCCUUUGUCAAAGAGGUUGAAGAAGAUGGAGAUAAAAGUGAAGAGUCUCAGAAUGUGCCCCACCCUUCACCAACAUUUCUUGUGACUGAAGACAAAAUUAUUGCCGAUACCUCUACAAAGAUGCCAGAGCAUUCGCUAACUAAAAGUAAGCGCCAUGAUGCGGACAGCAGUCGGAGCCGCAAGAAAAGGAAGACUCAGCAGACGAUGAAAGGUCCAAGCUGCCUCAUCAGCGAUCAAGACUUUGACAACGAGUCUUCUGACAGUCUCUCUGAGGCCAAAGAAUCGCGUAAUUUAACCUACACGUCAUCACUGCUAACACAGUUACUGGAUUAUAACUCGGCAGACGAAUCCAAAACAAAUACAGAAGAAUCCAAAUCGAAUAAACUGCCAGAAUCGACAUGUUCUGAACUUGUAGAUUCUGCUUCAGAAAAUUUAAAACAGCAGAGAGCAGCAACGUUUAAGCAUUCAAAAAUUCUUAAAGAUAAUGCAGCUUCCAAAAAGGCCCUAGCUUCAAACGUACUAUUCAAAUCUCGAUGGAUGAGCCUAAACGAUGACGGCGACAAUGUCCAGGCUGCUGACCAGAAACCUGACUUAGACAAAGAUGGCACGAAUGUAGACAUCCCUUGUGAAAAUCCACUGAGCGAAAGCCUAAAAAACGUACCCAAGCACAUUCAUGUUCAAGAAAUGGACAAUCAGGUACAGCACGAAACAAGAACCAAAACUACACAGGCAAGCAGAAAGCAGUGUUUAGCAGACAUCACUGUUUUGUCUCGAGUACCCGAUAUCAAACGCAUAAACUCUGGAGCAAUACCUAAAGUAGUUUCCGGUUCGUCGCACCAUGAGGUAAUUAGCCCCAGCGGAUCCCACCCUACUGGCAAGAGCAGAAGCGUGUACAAACCUUUGCUAGAAACCUGUCAAGAUGAAGACGUUACUAACAAAACAAUGUGUCCUACAGAAAAAGAACAUGUUGUUAGUAAACAACCUCCAAGACGUUCUCCAAAGCAGUAUUUUCUGGGUCAGCACUCUCACAAACAGUGGCAUCAACCCACAGAAGACGCAGACGACGUGCCCGGAAACCGAAAGCAAGAUAUGCUCCUGGCCAAGCUAGAUUGGUCUAGCAGUGACGAUGAAGCGGUUGACGAUGUGCCUCGCGAUGUGAGCCCUUCCUUCCUUCUCAGGCAGAAACAGAAGAGAGACGUUGACGAUCAGCUAGAACACUUGAAUCAAUACUACAGCAGAUCCAGGAAAUCCAGGUCGCCAUUGCGACGCACAGCUACAUCUAAUAUUUCACGCUGGAUAGAAGAUGUUCAAGGUUCCUCCACAGAAUACAUGCACGUAGAAGCUCCAGACUUCUUCGCCGACACUUUUCCACAGCCAUUUCGACACAAAUGCCAAGUCCUGUCUGGGAACUCUGAUGACGAUGCAAUAACCCCAGAAAACUAUGAAAAACAUGCAAAUAGUGAUUACGCCGUAUUUGUGUCACCUUCUCAGUUACUAGAAGCAAGAAAUCAAGAGGAAAAUAAUGCUACAGAAAAUUUAGAGUUAAAUGAAAAGGUAAAUGAACUAGCAGAGAACCCAGACUCAGUUCUAAGAGCAACAAUGUUCAAGGACGAUCAAAGAGAAACACGUUCACGCGAAGAAGGGUCUAAACGUUCCUGGUCUGUUAGUUCCACAAGCGAUGAGUACAUCCUGUCUGACACACGUAGUAUCCAAGUCAAUGUAUCUAGAAAUGACCUAGUACUUGAUGCUCCUGAAGAGGUCAAGCCGGAUUUAGAAAACUAUGAGCUUGCACAAACCUCGGCGAACAAACUGUUUACUUACUCCCGCGUAGAAACAUGUGCUCCCAAAGCAAGUCUUGCUGUUGGUGAUUCUUCCUCCUUUACUGUGCUUAUUAAGCAAGGAAACAUCAUAGAAAGAACAUUUAAGGAUCAGGCAGCCCCUGAUUUGAGUUUUGAUAACCAGGCAAUACAAACGAUUAAAAUGGUGUCAGGAAGUAUCGACGAUGACUGUUUACCUGAUGAACCUGAGGUUGCAGAUUGUCUGCCACUCAAUGCCUUCCCCUCGACUGUUAAAAGUAAUGAAGACUGCCUUUAUCACUAUAAAAGAGAGGUUAGUACCGGACACACAUUAAGGGAAAGUGAGGUCAUGUCUGCUGUCGGUGCUAACCCGACAGGCAAUGGUGUCAACCAUGGGGCGCUUCGUAACUCUAGAAACAACAAAUGCUUCAAGGAUGUGAGUCAAGUGGAGAACGUCAGUGCUGAAGACGGUACUGAACAGACAUCUGAAAAUCAGACAUUGGGAAAAGAGUUUAACAAACGUUUGAAAAAUUCUGGCCCGGCCUACUGUGAUGCAGUGUUGGGGGAGACGUAUAGUGAGGAGACGACGGAUAUCUCAACCAUUAGAGAAAGAUGGAAAUUGCUGGAAAAUGGCGGAAAUGUUGUGAUGGCUAUCGGGCCUGAGGGAAAACAAAAUUCAAAGAAGUGUACCCAAAAAUUGCCAGGUCUAAGCGCAGAUUCUUCGAUCACCAUCAAAACUCACAGCGAGAAUCUUAUGUCCCAGUCGACUGGUAAGAACGAUGUCCCGGAGGAGAGAGCCACAGAUGUGAAGACUAACUUUCCGGAUGCUUCGUCGCCUUAUACUUUAACAGACGAGGAUGAGCACACUAAGAGACAGGUUGGUGGUGACUUGCUGACAGAAUACCAAGCCAUAGAUGCUCUACGGUAUAAAGUCAAUCGUCUGGAGCAAAUGCUCCAACAAAGCGACAUUAAUACAGUCAACUUUUAUCAACGAAAUACUAGAGUCCAUUCAGAAGAACCCGUGAAAACUUCAGAGACAGUAACUAUCUGCCCACAUUGUCCAGUCAGCGCAUCAACGUACAACAGCCUUACCCGUAGACAGUUUCAGCCUCCCCCAGAACACCGGCUUGGAUCUCAUCCUUAUUGCUUGGCCUCCACUGAUCAGCACCUUCUCCAGCAGACACAGAGUUAUAAUGUAGGUCAGGUGUGUCUGACUGGACACGCGUCUUGUGUUCACCAGCAACGCGAGUCUCUCUACGUGGACACGAAGUUGUUAAAACCCAGCGACAAUAAAUCAUCAAAGGGAUGCCAAACGUCAGGCGAUCUAUCUUUAGACAAACCGCAGCAAAAAAACGAAGUCUGUGUUGAUGCUUGCACUCAGUCUAAUACACUGGAAGAUGCCUCUGAAGAGUGCUUGAUUUCAUUGGAAAAGCAAGUGGCUAACAUGCAGACUGACAUGCAGGAAAUCAAGCAUUUUACCACAAGUACCAGCACACUUGUGAUGGAACUGGACGAAAGAACGAAGAGCUUUGCAGCCAUCACAUCCACGCAGUUAGCCGCUUAUUGCAGACUGUUAGAAGACUCGCAGACGGCCAUAUCUGCCAAGCUAGAACACAUGGAGCAGAAUCUGCACGACCAGAGCAACCUCUCGAGGUUGAUCAAAGAGUAUAUCACUAGGGCCGAGAAAAACUCUGAAACAGUAAUGGAGACAGUCAGAGCUGAGCACCAGGUGACAAUAGCAAGGACAGCUCAGACAGUCAAAGAAGUGAUUUCACCGAUGCAAGAAUCUCUGUUGAAUCAACAGAAGGAGUUUGAGAACAUAAGGUCAAGUCUGGAAGAGGUUGUGUCCAUGCUGAACGACAAAAGACCUGAGCCGAGCAAGAAAGGUAUGAACCACGAGUCGAUGAAGGAGAGAAUCGUGGAGCUGACUUCUCAGAGAGAUGCGGAGAAGGUCUUCCAUAGAAUAACUCGACAAGCUCUACGUGCGCUGGAGAAGGAUCAUGACAGGCUCAGGCAGGAAUACGUGCGCGCGACAUGCCGACGCUACAACACUAAUGAGAGCGAGGCUCAGAAACGAUUGUGGUACUAUUUAAACAACGAAGACAAAUGUCCGCACAACAAAAAUCACAGCAAUGUACGAUCAACAAGACGCCAGCAUGAAGUGUGGUCGCCGCGAAGUUCCUCCGCGGACGAUGAUGCCAGCUCCUCCUGCUGCAUGCACGAAUCGUGCCCGUAUGCCCAUGUUUGCCAGAAAGAGUGCUUACAACAACAGCGGCCUGGUUACGUUGUUGAAGAUGAUAUCAGAGAGUUUACCUCUCGUAAAAAGGACAACAGUACAAGAUGUAAGAGUACACAACUUGUAAAAUGUGCAGGCAAUGUAGGGACCUGUUUAGCGCGAUCUGUGGAAGGUCACCGAGGCGGAGAAGAUCGACAUAAUUUAGCGGUGAUGCAUAAUGAUAAGUCGCCUAAGACGAGUAAAGUAUUGCAGACAUCAAGAUUCGUGGAGCAAGAUUUGGAGCUAAAACAUACACGCAAGGACGUGAACUGUAGGACACCAACAAUAAUCACUGGUAACCAGCUGGAUAAAAACGCUGAUGCUUCCACUGAGGACAUUGCAUGUAAAUGUUCUUGUUCGGACAAGAAGAACAGAACUAAAUCCCAUUCUUAA